GACAGUUGCAUACAUGUAUCAGCACUCGGAAGCUGCAAGCUUGACCUGCAAGCUUGGUCACUGAUUCUUCCCCAGCUCCAGGUGGGAUCAUGGGGACCUGGCAGGACAUUUUUGCAGUGAAAAUUGCAGAUAUGCACUUAACAGAGCCAUGGACGCUUCAGGAGGAUGAUGCCCUGCAGGUGCACGUCCUCAAGCCUGGCUGGAAGGAGUUUGUGCAGGGCUGUGCUCUUGGGUGGUUUCAGUGCUCCCAAAGCUUUCAUGAAUGGUCUUCGGCCAAAGUGCACAUGCUGUUCCAUAUGAGCCGGCGCCGGGGCCAGGGCACGGUGUGGAUGCGAGCCUUUCGCCAGGCGUGCAGGCGGUGCCCCGACCCCCGGCUGGAGGAGCCCAAAUUCAGCCAGGAGACUAUGGAGAGGCUUCUGCACAACCCAGUGCUAAAGAUCCUCAAGUACUUCUACCACGUGCCUGUCCAACCCUCCGACCUCCUGGAAGUUGUGGUGGAUGCACUGGUGGCGGGUCCACACAACACUGCCCGCUGCGAGGGCUGCCAGCUCGGCGUUUGCAGCGCGUCACAGCGGCUGGCCCCGGCGUCGGAUGCCUGGGAGCCCUUGAUGGAUGCGGACGAGGCCAGGACCCAUCUCACCCUGAAACGCCAGGGCAUGAGGCCCUAUGCAACCCCAACCCACCACCCCUCGCCCUUUAGUAGCAACUUCCCCUGGAAAUGCUGCUGCUGCAUCGGCAGCUCUUUUCUCAGUGUUUUGGCAGUGCUCCUCUUCAUCCUGCUUUAUUUCACCGAGAAGUAGUGGGAGCUGGAGAUCGCAAAGAGGAACCAGGGUGAUGGCUGGGGGUGCUGAUGGAGUGCCUGAAAAUUGGAUGCCCAAGUUCAGACCUCACCCAUGGCGCAGCGAGACUUCCCUGAAUGCUGGGGGCAUGGGGAGACACAUCGGGGUGCCUCAGCCAUGCACCUCAUCCCACAGCUUUGGGGAGCCUGGUGGGUCUGAUGGUUUCUUAUGGGACAUAUUCUGCAUGAGGAUGAUCCUCAGCUGCCCCAUGCAAAGGAUGAGGGUACUUGCAAGAAUAAAACAAGCCCUUUCUCCUCA